ACCCAGGAGUCCAGGCCUGGGGCUCAUUGGCGUCCUCAUUAAUAAUUAGCCAAAGGUUAAUAACCAAUGAGCUGAACCAUUAAUUAUGUGACCUCUGACCCUGACUUUGCCCUGCCUCCUCCCCCACUCACAGAGGCUGGGAAGGGGGCAGAAAAGGGACCCAGCAUUCAGGGAUCGUGGUCAGAGAACCAAGGAAUGGCUGGGCUGGGUCAGAGCCACGGCCCAGCCAGCCCAGCUCCUGGCUGCCGACAGACCAGAACAAUUAUCCCAUGAUCCACCCCGAGCUCUGGGGCCACCCGGCGCCGGGGGCCGCGUCCCGGACCAGCUUGGCCAAUAGCCGUCGCUGGACCCGGCCUCCAGGAACGUGGCUCGUUGUGUGUCAAACCCCCUUCGACUGCUGGCCUCAGCCCACCCCCGGCAGUGAGUUCCACGGGUUAACGGAAAUCCUGCCUGCUGGAAACCUGCUGCAUGUUCCUGAGCCCCCGGCCCGGGUGCCCCAGUCCCUGUCUCCGCCCACACACACUGGAUCCCCACGCCAGGAACCCAGGCGUCCGGGCUCUGAGCCCAGGCUGAGACUGGGCAGAACUCACUUCAUCUGCGGGGGGAGGGGAGGGAGAUUCCGCCAAUUGACUCUUCUGGGCUCCCGUGGAGACACUUUCAAGAUGGCGUCAACACCAGGGUCAGGAACCAGCCAAUAUGGCCACCCCCAGUGGGCACCUUCCCUGCAGCGGGUUCCAAGAUGGCGUUGCCCUUUAAUUUCCUUUAGCAAGAUGGCGACGGCCAUAAAUGCCUUUCCACGGUGCCUGCUGGGAUCAUUUCCGGUCUCAACAUGGCGGCCCCUACAAGUUCCUUCACCAAUAUGGCGGCCCCUGUGAAACCCUUCCCCCAAAUGACUGCGCCUAUCACUACCCUUAAAAAAACGGCGGCCUCCUGGCUAAAUCAAGAUGGUUGCGCCCAUGAAAACAAACUGCUUAUCACAUUCCAUCAAAGUUGCUGGCGCCCUUAAAUGCCUUCCCAAAUAGAGCGUCAUCAUUCAGUUCCGUAACCAAGAUGGCGGCUCACGGCCUUUGUCUAUUCAAGAUGGCGGCCCCCAUGAAUUCCAAGCUCAAUGUGGCUGAUACACAACAUUUGACCGGAAGAUGGCGCCCUCCUGCGAGUUCGUGCCAAGAUGGUCCGCAGACCCCUCCUUUCCGUACAACGUGGCAGCUUCCGUAGCACGUGUAUCCGAUAUGGCGGCGCCUACCUUUCUUCAAAUCAACAUGGCGGCUCCCACUCCAAAAAUGGCGGAGCACGUCUGCAAUAUGGCAGAUGCUACGUUUCCCUUUCUGAACAUGGCGCCGCCUAUUGGGCGCUCCCAUUUCCAACAUGGCGGCGCCUAUACCCUCCCUGCCGUACAGAAUUUGUAAAUUGCUCCCGCAUGGUUCCAACGCUACUUCCUGUCCCAUUUCCCAACAUGGCAGCGCCCCUAGGCCUGAGGCUGGCGCCUCGCCUGGCCGCAGCCCCCCGGCACAUUCACUGCGGAGCCCCCCGCCCGGCCGUGGGGCAAUGGAGAGUCCAGCAGGGACUCGCCGCCAGCUCGGCCGGCUACGGGCCCCUCCGGGAUCUCCCUGACUGGUCCUUUGUAGACGGGCGUCCCGCCCCCCCGUGGAAGGGCCAGAUGCGCCGGCGACAGGAAGACGAGGCCUUUGCGGCGUCCCAGGGCCGGGUUUGUGUUACGAGGAGAGAGAUCCUGGAAGGACGCACUGAGAAUCCCCCAGCGUAUCCAGUUCUUCCCGAAGUUGGCUUUGUUUGUUUCUAACAGUGAAAGAGGAGGAAGACCUGCAAUGUCGUAAUUCAGUGCCCAGGAAAACGCUGAUGUAAGUCAAGGAAGAUCAUAACAUAAAACCACAACAUUGUGUAGAAAUCCGGCUGCGUGUGACACUUCCACGGGGUUUUCAUUGCCAGUUGGGACCGAAUAAUUCUGAAAUCUCUGGACAAUUGAACCAGCAAAUCCCUUGCGCUUUGUUUCCACCUUGGCCCUGGCUAGAUCACACCAAAACCAGAUGAAUUACUGGGUAAUUGGACGUACCAUUUAUUCAGAUUCAUUGUCCUCAAAUCGAGAAUAAAACUGGGCCUUUUCCUACCACGUUUGUAGUCCACAUCCCCCCAGGAAAUGUUGGCUUUGUUAUUAGGAAUUUGCAAUUAAUAAGAAAUGUCUCAAGGAAAAUGCAGCACAUGCUAAAGAGGAGCAGGAAGGCAGGAUGGGUCUCUCUCUCUCGAGCAGCGAGGUCGGGAUCUGAACCUCCCUGUUAAUUUAGCCAUUCAAACACGGCUUGUUUCUGAAAUGCGCCCAGUGCUGCGUUUCAUCAACCCACCCGCCUGGAAAGAGGAGCCAGAGGCCCCGCGCGAUAGGACGGACAUUGAUUCUUCAGAGCCACCACAAACGCUCAGAACUUCCCAGGACGUUUUUAACAGACCAGCAUGUUGGCUGCAGCGAGUGGGGGUUGAUUAGUUAAUUCCAGUUCCCUGCUGAAGAUAGUUAAAUGGACUGAAGUAGCAGCGGGAGCCAUGUUAGUCUGGAGCUGGAAAAGGCGACCCGGAGUCCUGGGGCACCUCAUAGACUAACAGACGAAUUGGAGCGGGAGCUCUCGUGGGUGAAUACGUCUGUUAGGCUAUAAGGUGCCCCAGGCUCUUGGUCCCUUUUUAAAAUGCCCUGGGGAUUUUAAUAACGGCCCUUAAUGAUUAAUUGCUCAUAGAGGCCUCUGCAAACUAGCUGCCGCUUUCAUUCAAUUUCCCUCGACGCUGGAGGUUUCAAAAUAGGGAAAAAUUGCUAAUCCACCAGCCCGGAAAGUGGAGACAACCCCAGUUCCUGGGAUUUCAGUCAAGUUGCCCUGGGUUCUUCCUGCCAUUUAAGUAACCGCCGCACUGGCCAGGAAUUACCGGCCCGGUUUAUACAAUCGCCCUGGACAGCGGUGGUGGGUAUUAAGAGCAAAAUGAUAAUGAAUCCGCAGAAACGGGGGUUUAUUACAAAAGAGAAAUGUCUGCAGACGUGUUCAUGGCACGUACAUUCCCCAAGCACUACCUGCUAAAACCCUCGGCCCCAUUGACUCCAUAGCAAAAUAAUAUUAAUUAAUUAACAAUAAUAAUACAUU